CAUCACUGUCGCAUCUGCAACAAGUGCGUGAUGAGGAUGGACCAUCACUGCCCGUGGGUUGCCAACUGUGUUGGGCGCGACAACCACAAGUUCUUCUUCCUCUUCGUCGUCUACACGCCUCUCACUGGUCUGCCUCCUCCUGCCUCCCCCUUUUUCUCCUCCUCCUCCUGA